AUGUCGUCCCCUAAGGAAGUCUCACCGUCGACUCGCCCUCUGCCAGUUCCAAUUACUUCUGGCUCUCAUCCGAGUUCGUUCAGAGGACCAAACUCUGGUAACUCAGUUUAUCGAGCAUCAUCAACAGCGCGAUUGGCUUCUCCAGUGCCCUCACAUACACUCAGCGGUACACCGCAAAUCCGCCAAAUACCUACCCCCAACCAGGGUGCUUCCGAUCCACAACAACCGCUUCCUUCAGGAGACUUGACUCCUCUAGCUGGUCCAGCACCCCACUCCUCAUUGCCAGGCCCGGGUAUCUCUGCUCUGGCGGCAGCUUUGUCAAACAGUUUCGGUCAGUCACCGCCCAAGUUUGGCACUCCUCCAAUUCGAGCGCUUUCUCCUGGAACUGCUGGCCAGCAGAUACAACAGGCGGCUCCACCAAGCAAUUAUGGGUCAUUCGACGCAAGAGGAAGGUCGAUACAAGGUUCGUCGGGGUGGGCAGGUCCAAAUACGUUCGAGGAUCCUGAGAUUGUAAGAAGGCACUUGGUUCAAUCGUCAGAAACGGAGCAGCUGCCUUCACGAACGGCUGGGGGAGAUGGCGGCAUCUUUGGCGAUUCCAUGUCGUUUCGGGGCGGCUCGCCUGCAGGAAAGGGAAAACAAGCACCAGAAUCAAUAGCUCCUGGUCUGGACGAUGACGAAUUCUCAAGUCUACGGCUCCAAGGUGGAGAUAUUACACGUCCAAUUUACAAAUGGACAGAGGAAGCCCAAGCACGAGCGACAGGACGAGGAAAGGGCCAAAGAAGCAUGAGCUUCAACCUUUCGAGACCGUAUCCAGAAGACGAGACCAUGGACAUCGAUUCCAUCAAGAUACCUGGUGGUUUCCGUCGUAAUUUCUUGCGUCGUGCAGCUGGCAGCCCAACUCCACAAGGACAAGCUGAUGGAGCUGCAGAAGAAAAUAUCGGAGUUCGAAGGGGACAGCCAAAACUUCUCACUAACAACUUUAUCGAAUUCUUAACGAUUUACGGUCACUUCGCUGGUGAGGAACUAGAAGAAGAUGACGAGGUGCUGGGUCCUGGCGAGUAUUUCUCCUCAGAAGCUGAUGGUGACGGUGAUCGAGGCGACGACGAGGAUAGAGAACCAAUGGAGGACAGUGCUCUACUCACACCUGGUCUCCGCAAAAGAAGGCGCAAGGAACGAAAGACGGAAAAACUCAGCAGUCCUACAGAUGCAUUUUUCCUGUUGCUCAAAUCGUUCGUCGGCACAGGAGUCUUGUUCCUCCCAAAGGCUUACCUCAAUGGCGGAAUGCUUUUCAGUAAUCUGGUCUUGGUAUUCGUUGCACUUUUGAGCUAUUACUGCUUCGUGCUACUCGUCAACACACGUUUGGUGGUCGAAGCUUCGUUUGGAGAUAUGGGUGGUGUUUUAUAUGGUCGGUGGAUGAGAAAUACUAUUCUGGCUUCCAUCGUUAUUAGUCAGAUCGGCUUCGUGGCUGCAUACAUUGUUUUCACCUCCGAGAACUUGCAGGCGUUCAUCCGUGCUGUCUCCAAUUGCAAGACCAACAUCGAAAUUCAAUACUUGAUCCUCAUGCAGAUGGCCAUCUUCCUGCCAUUUUCAUUACUUCGGGAUAUCAGCAAACUUGGGUUUACAGCUUUGAUUGCCGAUGCGUUUAUCCUAAUCGGUUUGCUAUAUCUCUACUACUACGAUUUUCUCACCAUCGCAAGCAAUGGAGUCGCCGACAUAAUCAAUUUCAACAAAAACGAUUGGACGUUAUUCAUUGGCACGGCGAUCUUCACUUUCGAGGGUAUUGGAUUGAUUAUACCCAUUCAAGAAUCGAUGAAGGAUCCAAAGAAGUUCCCUAAAGUUCUUGGGUUGGUUAUGAUUAUCAUCUCCGUCGUCUUCAUAUCCAUGGGAGCUCUCUCUUAUGCCGCCUUUGGAUCAGCUACCGAGACCGUCGUUAUUCUCAACAUGCCUCAGGAUUCGAAAUUCGUCAAUGCUGUUCAGUUCUUAUAUUCAGUGGCGAUUCUUUUGUCAACGCCGCUACAAAUAUUCCCAGCAAUCAAAAUUACAGAAAACGAACUCUUCACACGGAGUGGGAAAUAUAACCCGCAUAUUAAAUGGCAAAAAAAUGUGUUUCGAUUUUUUGUUGUCAUGUUGUGUGCUGCCAUUGCGUGGAUAGGAGCAAAUGAUCUAGACAAGUUUGUAUCGAUUGUAGGCAGCUUUGCUUGCGUUCCGCUCGUCUAUAUCUACCCGCCAAUGCUCCAUUACCGAGCCGUCGCCAAAACUACCUUCCGCAAGUUUUGCGACGUCUUACUCUGUAUCUUUGGCUUAGUAGUUAUGGGUUAUACCACAUCCUUAACCCUUAAAAGCUGGGCCGGAGGUGACGAAGCACCAAAACUUCCCGGCUACUGCGACAAGAAGAAAGCCGGGCUCUUCUAA